AUGGCUAAACGUGUCACUCAUCUAGUUGUUGAUUCUAGUGCAUUUAUCAGACAAGCACCACUUCAUAAAUUAACCGAUACUGCUUAUACUGUUGAGGAAGUUGUUAAAGAAAUUCGUGAUACUAAAACUCGUGAAUCAUUAAAUGUUCUUCUAUACGAUUUAAAGUUUAAAGAGCCAAGCAUGGAGGCACUACGUUUCGUCACAAAUUAUUCGAAAAAAACUGGUGAUUAUGGAUCAUUAUCAGCUGUUGAUUUACGUCUACUGGCUGUAACAUAUCAGUUAUAUCAAGAAAAUGUUGGUGUCGAAAAUCUGAAUUUAGAACCAAAACAAAACGGACUUGUGAAUAGUGAAACAACAUUUGGAAAUAAGGGAAUUAAACUAGCCGGAUUUGUAUAUCCAAAAAAAGAUAUCUUACAAACUGAUCAAAAUGAACAACAUUCAAAUGUUACAUGUGAUAACAGUGAUUUGAAGUCAGAAACAGAGCCAAAAAAUAAUAAUACAGUAGAAGAACAAGAAGAAGAAGAAGAAGAAGAAGAAGUAGAGGAUGAUGAUGCAGAAUCAUUUACAACAGCAGUGGAUGAUGAACACAACAUCUCCAAUCUCAUUGCACAAGUUGAAAUUGAGCAAAAUGAUGAUGACAAAGAUGACGGUUGGAUAACCCCAUCGAAUAUAAAAGUUAUUCGAUCAAAACUUGUCAAUAAUGGUGAGACAGUAGAUGAUAACACAAUGGAAAAUCUUCCCGUUGCUUGCAUAACAACAGAUUUUUCCAUGCAGAAUGUUCUUAUACAACUUGGAAUACCUGUGCUAUCUGUCGAUGGUCUAUUGAUUCGAACAGCACGAAGUUAUGUGUUAAAAUGUCAUGUGUGUUCGGGUGUUACAUUAGCAAUGACAAAACGUUUUUGUCCUGAAUGUGGUAAUCCCACUUUACAACGAGCAAGUGUAACGGUCGAUUCGGAUGGAAAAAGACAUUAUCAUGUUAAUGGACGAUUUAGACCAAAACCAAGGGAAUCUCUGCCAUUGCCUCGUGGUGGUAAACAUUCAAAUAAUCCCAUUCGAGUUGAAGAUCAACCUCGUCCACAAAAUCGUCCAACAAAAAAAUCACUUAUGAAACGAAAUGUACUUGAUGAUGAUUAUUUAGCAGAUUCAUCUCCAUUUUCAAAACACGAUAUAUAUAGUCGAGCAGCACUACUAGGAAUUAAACAAAAUUCAAGAAGAUAA